AUGGCUGAUAAAGAGCAACCUGUAAGCAAGUUAAAGUGUCUGGACAAGGCCUGGUGGUUGACUGAGACCGUGUCGACUGACCUGUGGGGAAGGUGGGAGCUGGUGAACUCGGCCUGGCAUUACACCAACCUGAAGGACUUUCCCGAGGAAUACCUCCAGGCGGUGCAGGCCACUUCAGUGCUGGCGUGCAUCUUCUCCAUCCUGGCCCUGCUGGUGUUUGUGGCCCAGCUCUUCACCCUGCCCAAGGGCCAGCGCUUCACCUACACAGGAGUCUUGCAGCUGCUGGCCUGUCUUUGUAUAAUGAUAGCGGCCUCCAUCUACAGCGCAGAGUUCCACCAGGGCAAAGAGGUGGGAGGAUACGGACACUCAUAUAUCCUGGCAUGGAUCUCCUUCGUCCUCACGCUUCUCCUCGCCAUCACCUACCUGGUCCUGCGGAAGAAGAGCGAGUAAGAGGGCCUGCGUCUCACGUUCCUUCUUACUUGGGACGUUCAUCAAGUGUCCUCCAUGUUGGCGAACACCAGUGGGAACUUGUAUUUCCACGCAUAAUAAGCUUCACUUACACUUCGAUUUUAUUUUGUCUUCCCUCCUUUUAAGUUGGCGGUUUAGAGCUUAGCUAAAGUGGCUACUUUGACGACCAGCUAAUGAACAUUUUUAUAAAUCAAGUUAUAUUAGCAAGUUACAAUGACGUGGAAUCAUGUUUAGAAACAUUCAUAUGCUAGUUAGCUUAGCAUCAACAAAGCUAGAAGCUAGUUAGCCUAGCAUCAACGAAGCUAGCAGCUAGUUAGCUAAGUAUCAAUUAAGCUAGUUAUCUUAGCAUCAUCGAACCUAGCAGCUAGUUAGCUUAGCAUCAACAAAUCUAGAUGCUAGUUAGCUUAGCAUCAAUGAACCUAGCAGCUAGCUAGUUAGCUUAGCAUCAACAAAGCUAGUUAGCUUAGCAUCAACAAACCUAGCAGCUAGUUAGCUUAACAUCAACAAAGCUAGUUAUCUUAGAAUGAACAAAGCUAGUUAGCUUAGCAUCAAUGAACCUAGCAGCUUGUUAGUUUAGCAUAAACCAAGCUAGUUAGCUUAGCAUCAACGAACUUAGCAACUAGUUAGCCUAACAUCAACAAAGCUAGUUAUUUUAGCAUCAACAAAACUAGUUAGCUUAGCAUCAAUUAUCCUAGCAGCUAGUUAGCCUAACAUCAACAAAGCUAGUUAUAUCGGCAUCAACCAAGCUAGUUAGCUUAGCAUCAAUGGACCUAGCAGCUAGUUAGCCUAACAUCAACAAAGCUAGUUAUCUUAGCAUCAAUGAAGCUAAUUAACUUAGCAUCAAUGAAGCUAGCAGCUGGUUAGCUUAGCAUCAACAAAUCUAGCAGCUAGUUAGCUUAGCAUCAAUGAAGCGAGAAGCUAGUUAGCUUAGCAUCAUCGAACCUAGCAGAUAGUUAGCUUAGCAUCAAGGAAUCUGGCAGCUAUUUAGUUUAGCAUCAAUGAAGCUAGCAGCUAGUUCAACAGCAACAAAGAUAGCCGCUCCUUAGCUUAGCAUCAACAAAGCUAUUGGCUUAACAUCAACAAACCUAGCAGCUAGUUAGCUUAGCAUCAAUGAACCUAGCAGCUUGUUAGUUUAGCAUCAACCAAGCUAGCCGCUAGUUAGUUUAACAUCAACCAAGCUAGUUAGCUUAGCAUCAACAAACCUAGCAGCUAGUUAGCCUAACAUCAACAAAGCUAGUUGUCUUAGCAUCAAUGAAGCUAGUUAGCUUAGCAUCAAUGAAUUUAGCAGCUAAUUAGCUUAACAUCAACAAAGCUAGUUAGCUUAGUGUCGAUAAAUUUAACAGCUAGUUAGCUUAGCAUCAAAAAAGCUAGCUGUUAGUUAGCCUAGCAUCAAUGAAGCUAGUUAGCUUAGCGUCAAUGAACCUAGCAGCUAGUUAGCUUAGCAUCAACAAAGCUAGCAGCUAGUUAGCUCAGUAUGGACAAAAUCUGGGAUUUGUGAUGCUUUUGGAUUUCCCAGUUUAUACGGAUUGAAUGUUUUGGGAGGUCUUAUAAAUAAAUGUUACUGUUUCAAAAGUGUAGCCUCAAUGCUAAACUAAUCCAAAAUGAAGUUUCAUAGUUACGCCAAUGUAGCGUCAGCCAUUUUGGAAAAAGGAAAAUAAAUAAAAGCGCUCUGUUAUCUUGAAUCUAGUAACACUACAAUUUCGUAAUUUUUUUUUAUUCAAGUAUCUUUAUUCUAUGAAGUAUCCCCCUUUUUUCCAUGUACAUUGUUACCAUUAUAUUUUUGUAACUUUUGUUUUUUUGAAUGAAAUGUUUUUGUAGUCGGCUGCUAUCCAAAAAAAGUACUUAGUACAAGUGAAGCAGCAAUGUUUCAUUUGAACUUUUUCGAAACUAUGAAUUAGACGGUUUGUAAUGAUGGAGUUGAAGCCAUAUGCUAUAUCAAUAAAACAACUUGUAACUAA